GCAGGCAAAAUAAGUAGGCGAGCGCAAACAAAAUCAAAAAAAUACAAAUGACUGCGAAUAUUAUCAAUUUGAAAGCAUCAAUUUGAUUUCACGCAUUGAGCAAGAAGCAUUACAUUUAAAGUAGAGUGCAUAACCAACUCGAUGCCAUCAUGAGCCCCAGCAAACCAAACGAGGAGGCAACACCGAACAUACCAACAACAACAGCAGCGACGUCUGCCAGUGAGACGGAUGCUGAAAUGCUGGACAUGGAUACAGCAGCAGCAGCUGGCGAUAGCGAUGCAGCCGCUCAGGAGGCCGAAGAGCGUGCUGAGCUUCAGCAAUUCAUCAAUGAACUACGCGAGAAGAUCGGAAGCAAGCGGCAGCUGCGGGAUCAGAACUGCAACUUUGAACUGCCCGGUGAUGAGUAUUUUGCGCGCCUCGAUUCCAGCCUCAAAAAAAAUACAGCAUUUGUAAAAAAGCUAAAGCUCUUUACCACCACCCAACUGGAUGGACUGCUGCGUGAGCUAUCGGCCCUGAAUCUAAGCAAAUACAUAUCCGAAAUUUGUGCAGCACUGGCCGAUGCCAAGCUAAAGAUGACCGAUGUGCCCGCUGUGGUAAUGCUAGCCUCAAAGCUCCACUGUACGUAUGCGGACUUUGACGCACAGUUUUUGGAAGCGUGGCAAAAGGCGCUUAAUUUCAAAGCAAAUGAGAAAAUAAACAAUCCAAGCAAAUUGCGCGUUGAUCUGCGUUUAUUUGCCGAACUGGUCAGUUCAGGUGUCAUCCAAAUGAAGCCAGGACUGGCGCAACUAGGCGUGGUGCUAGUGCAGCUAAUUGCACAGGAUAAAGACGAUCAUAGCAACUUCGCCACCAUAUUGUCUUUCUGCCGCCACUGUGGCGAGGAGUACGCUGGUCUUGUGCCACAAAAGAUGCAACAAUUGGCUGACAAAUACGGGUUGGAAAUACCCAAAUCGGACUUUCUGAGUGCCGACAAACAGCAAAACUUGCGCAACAUGCUCAAGGGUUACUUCAAGGCGCUUUGCAAGCACGUGCUAUCCGAGCAGGCGGCGCUGAUGAACAUGACCAAGAACAUUCGCCGAACAAUGGAGUGCAAAGGUGAAAUUAGCCAAGAAAAGCGCGAAAAAUGCGAGCAGAUGCAGUCAAGCUUCGACAAACUGCUCGCCUCCGCUCAAGCGCUUUCCGAGCUGCUAGGCGAGCCCCUGCCAGAGUUAACCAAGGAAUCCGAGGGCUGCAAUCCGGGCACUGUGAUUGACAACAUGCUAGAUAGCGCAACUUUUGGAACGCUAGAUCCGUGGGGGGAUGAGGAGACGCGUGCAUUUUACACUGAUUUACCCGAUUUGCGUCAAUUCUUGCCCAACUUUUCGGCACCCAAAGUGGACCUGGAAACGCUCGAGGAGCCCAGUGAACUGACUGAGGAGGCCAUUGAUGCUAAUAUUGAUGCGGAGCUGGAUAUGGAUGAUCCGCCUUCAGUGGCCAGCGAUACGGCACUUGAAAAAGAACAAGAGGAACAAGCUGCUGCUGCUGCUGCUGCUACAACAACAACAAGCAAUGCUGAGGCGGCAGCAGCAACGACAGCAACUGUUGCUGCUGCUGCUGCUGCGGCUGUGCCCAGUGAUAAGAAAAUGGGAAGCGCUCUCAUGGAGCUGGGUCGUCAGCAGCAACAACAAUUGCCCGCAAAUCAAGCAUCGCAAUCACAGACGCAGCAGCUACGCCAGCAAUUUGAUGUCUUCCUUUCGAAUUUGUUCAACUGCGUCAACAAGGAACUCAUCGACUCGGCGGCCAUUGAAUUUCUGCUUAACUACAAUACGAAGCAUCAGCGCAAGAAGCUGACGCGGACAAUUUUUAGCGUGCAACGCACUCGUCUGGAUAUAUUGCCAUAUUUAUCGCGCUUUGUGGCAAUUGUGCACAUGUGCAACACAGAUGUGGCAGCGGAUUUGUCAGAGCUGCUGCGCAAGGAACUCAAAUGGCAUAUACGCAAGAAGAACCAACUGAACAUUGAGUCGAAGCUGAAAAUCGUGCGCUUCAUAGGCGAAUUGGUCAAGUUUGGGCUCUUCAAGAAGUUCGAUGCGCUGGGCUGCUUGAAAAUGCUGCUGCGUGACUUUAUGCACCACCACAUAGAGAUGGCCUGCGCCUUGGUGGAGGUCAGCGGCGUUUAUUUGUACAAUUGCCGCGAUUCGCGGCUGUUGAUGAACGUAUUUCUGGAUCAAAUGCUGCGCAUGAAAACAGCCACGGCCAUGGAUUCGCGGCAUGCGGCGCAAAUUGAAAGCGUUUACUAUUUGGUGAAGCCGCCGGAGUCGGCCAAACGCGAAAUACAACCACGACCAGCGAUGCAUGAAUAUAUACGCCAUCUAAUCUUUGAGGAGCUCUGCAAGCAGAAUGUCGAGCGUUGCAUUAAAAUGCUGCGACGCAUCAAUUGGGCAGAUCCCGAAAUCCACAGCUAUACCAUCAAGUGUCUGAGCAAGGCGUAUUUGUUGCGCUUUCCGCUUAUACGCUGCCUGGCCGAUUUGGUCUCCGGUCUGAGCUCCUACCAGCCCCGUGCGGUGGCCAUUGUCAUUGACAAUGUGUUCGAAGAUAUACGCGCCGGCCUGGAAAUACAUUCACCCAAAAUGUCGCAACGUCGCAUUGCCAUGGCCAAGUAUUUGGGCGAAAUGUACAAUUACAAGUUGGUGGAGUCUACACAUAUACUCAAUACGCUGUAUUCCAUAAUAUCGCUGGGUGUAACAUUGGAUCAGCAAGUGCUCUCGCCGCUGGAUCCGCCCGAAAGUCUGUUUCGUCUUAAGCUCGCCUGCAUGCUCCUGGACACCUGUGCGCCCUAUUUCACCAGCCAGGCCACGCGCAAAAAAUUGGACUAUUUUCUGGUAUUCUUUCAACAUUAUUAUUGGCACAAGAAGUCGCAUCCGGUGUUUAGCAAGCAGGAGAACAAUUCCGAUUUGUUUCCCAUAUUGGUGGAUCAUACCUAUCGCGAUUGUCUGGCUGGCGUGCGGCCCAAGCUGAAGCUCUACAAGAGUCUGGAGCAGGCCAAGGAAGCUAUUGAUCAGCUGCAAGAGAAACUGUAUCCACAGCUCAAGGAGCUUGCCAAUAAUACGCAGGAUAAUAAAGACUUGGGCACCAUUAGCGAAAUUAGCGAGCUGGACGAAGGCGUGACAGACGAUGACAGCUCAAAUGAGCAGCGUGAACGCCAGGCGGCUGGCUCGGAGGCGGAUCAAAUGAACGAUUGGACUGAGUAUGAAAUGGAGCCGGCGCCAGCACCAGCGCCGCCGGAGAAAUCCAAAGAGGACAUUGAGUUCGAGCAGAUGUAUGAGAAAAUGACAAGCGAUUCGUAUCAGGAGCGCUUGAAAGAACCGCCCAUCAAGUCCACCAACAAGGAUAUACCUGUGCCCAUGAUGGCCCGCCUGCAAAAGAAAUCCUACGAGCAGCUCAAUGGCUCACAGAUCUCAAAGGGCAAUGCUGCUGCUGUGGCUGCAGCGAUUGAUGCCACCAACAGCAGCAGUAGCAGCAGUCUGCCAGCUGAUGCCGCCGCCACCGCCGCUGCCACUUCCGCUGCCUGUGCGAGUGAAACUCCCUGCGCCGCUACAGAGGCGGCGAGCAAAGGCAGCGGCGCUGUGCCGUUUGUGCUGAUGGUGCGCGGCAACAAGGGCGGCAAGCAGCAAUUUAAAUCAUUUGUGGCGCCCUCCGACUCACAGCUGGCCAUCAAUCUGAAGGUGCAGGAGCAGAAAACGCGCGAGGAGAAGGAGAAAGUGAAGCGUUUAACGCUCAACAUAACCGAACGCAUCGAGGAGGAGGACUAUCAGGAGUCCUUGUUGCCGCUUCAGCAGCGAAACUUUACACAGAGCUACUAUCAGAAGCCCAACAAGAACAAGUUCAAACACCAGAAGGGUGCACCCGAUGCUGAUCUGAUCUUCCACUAAGUCAAAUAGUUUUUUCUACUAUCCAAUUGUACCUUGUGACAACGACCGACAGAGCGAGCGAGCAAGAGAGAGAGAGAGAGAGACAGACAGAGAUAGAGUGAGAGCGCGAGUGCAGGAGAGAGAAAGGGAGACAAAUCUCAGCAAACUGCCACGCCCAUGCCCUGCACUCUCACCACCCAUCUACCCACUCCUCCCCACACUUGCUUUGCAUGGACUCUCUCGACCAGAGUCCAAUACCUUAUGCAUGUAUACACAGCAAUUGUUUGCCCAAUAUUUCAAAUACAUACAUAUAAACACAUUUGCAUACAAAGUAUAUUUACUGUGGAAUGUACUUAAAUGUUCAAGUUGUCCAUGCCCACAAUUCUGGCGUCGUUUUUAUUUCCUGGCGAAACAUGGCGCGCAUGUAAGAAAAUAUAUAUGUUAACAUUUAUUUUAUCACCAUCAUGUACAUAGAGCUACAAAGAUUUUAAUAAUUCAUAGAGAUUAUCUAACUGCGCCCCCCCCCCCAGACUUGUGUUAAGGCAACAUUUGUUUGUUGUUUUU